GAUCUGCGCCUCGGCGCCAGUCCUUCGUCCCCUACUCGCAAAUCUCCCCUUAAGCAUGUCUGCUAUAACCAACCACUUCUCGACCAUGGUACCUAGCUCCGGAAAAUAUCCAUCAAAAAGGUCAAAGAUCACUCCGUCAGUUACCACUCUACAAGGGAGUAAGAGCGGCCAAACCAGUUCUGCGCUGAAUCCGCGGCGAGGCUCUGAGCCAAUCAAAGCGUUGCUUGAGGAAGAACAACACCCGAGACAAACCUAUGAGCUAAAGCCAUAGGAGGAUAUCGAGAGAGCGGACAGAUCAUCCGGUAUCCCAAGCAUUGGCAACCAAGAUGCCAUUCUUGACAGCGGGGACGUUUCCAGUGAACGCGAUCGCAGAACUUCCUGGCGCCAGAAUGGGCCACCGUCUCAGACCU